GCUGUUCAUUGUGUGUCUCAGAGCAGGAGGGAGGUGGAACAGUCUGAGGAGACACAAGGGAGGCAAAGAGGGAGGAGAGAGAGUGGAGGUGACAUCUCCAGUGCUUGUCUUGGGAGGCAAACUUAGGCUUGAACCCUCAGUGGCUAUUCAGAUGCACCAAGGUCGACGAGAAUGUUUCUGGUUUUGUAGCAAGCGUCAUGCACUAGCUGGUCUCUGCUCUGUGGUCGUGAGCAUGUUUUAAUUGGUUUCUGUCAGGUUCUUUGGACAUUCAGAAGAUCAUUUUGUAAAAUAAUUGUUUGGUCAUUCACUGGAGCUUCAUUUAGCUCCCUCCAGGAUCCGAUGAUUACAGGGCAGUUGAGCAAGCCGCUGCUCUCCCUGCGCAGCGAGAUGAGCGCGGCAGAACUCCGGGCAGAGGACAAAGCGGCCACCCCAGACAGCAAGCUCAACGACGAGCCCCUGCUCCUGUCCUCCGAGGCCACGGAAAGAGAGGACACUCCUAACAAGCUCUAUGGAGCCCGUGAUGGCUCUGCCCAGUCUGAUGCCAGCAGCAGCCCGUCAGAACAGUGUCAUCUGGGUCAGUCUCACCCAACCUACCCGGUAGGACCACAGUCUCUGCUGGUGGCUCAGCAGCUAGCCCAGCAGCUGGCUGGGGGGUCACCAGGCCUGAACCAGCCCAUCCUCAUCCCCUUCAACACGGGCGGCCAUCUGGGAGGCCAGCAGGGGCUGGUGCUCUCCCUGCCCACCGCCAACAUCCAGGGCCUGGUGGCUGCAGCAGCCGCACAGGGCAUCAUGACCCUUCCCCUACAGAACCUGCAAGCUACCUCAUCCCUGAACUCCCAGCUUCAGCACCUGCAGCAGCUCCAACAGAUACAACAGCACCACCAUCACCAACAACAACAACACCAUCAGCAGCAUCAACACUCCCACAGCCACGCCCACAACCAGCUGUCAUCACGGGGUCACAUGACCCCGCCCAGCCUACAGCAGUCCUCUGUCUCGGUUCCCUCCCCUGGCUCCGCCUCCUCCACCACCUCCAUGACUGGCUCUGGCCAACCACCGCAGUCUUCGCCCCUCCGGCAAAACCAAUCGCCGGCCCGCAGCCUGCCCUCGCCCGUCACCCCGCCCAUGCCACUGCAGUUGAACUCUCUGGCCAGCCAGGCAGCGGUGGCUGCAGCAGCUAUGGGCUCCAUCACCGGGUCCCAGGUCUUUGGCAACGCCCUCUCCAACCUGCAAGCUGGAGUCACGGGGCAGCUGGUCACCAAUGCACAAGGACAGAUAAUUGGAACGAUCCCACUGAUGCCCAACUCUGGGGGGCCCUCGAGCCAAUCAGGGGGCGGAAACCCUGCGCUGCAGGUCCAGCCAAUUACACCUCAGCUUCUGACCAACACCCAGGGCCAGAUCAUUGCCACGGUGAUCGGCAAUCAGAUCCUGCCUGUCAUCAACACCCAGGGAAUCACGCUGUCACCAAUCAAGCCUGGACAGCAGCUGCCUCAGGCUCAGCCGGUUCAGACAGGCCCAGUGUCGUCUCAGCCCAACCUGCUCCACAUGCCCCACAGUCAGAGUCCUCUCCGCCAGGUCUCUUCCUCCUCAUCAUCAUCAUCUUCCUCCUCCGCUCUCAGCGUGGGUCAGCUGGUCAGCAACCCCCAGAUGGCCUCCAGCGAGGUGGAUGGGGUCAACCUGGAGGAGAUUCGGGAGUUCGCCAAAGCGUUCAAGAUCCGCCGCUUGUCCCUGGGCCUGACCCAGACUCAGGUGGGUCAGGCUCUCAGCGUGGCCGAGGGCCCAGCCUAUAGUCAGUCUGCCAUCUGCAGACACACCAUCCUGAGAAGCCACUUUUUCCUACCACAGGAAGCCCAAGAGAACACUAUAGGUAGCAGUCUGACAGGCAAACUGAACCCUGGCCUUUUAUAUCCUGCCAGGUUUGAGAAGUUGGACAUCACCCCAAAAAGCGCCCAGAAGAUUAAGCCCGUUCUGGAGCGCUGGAUGGCCGAGGCCGAGGCCCGCCACCGGUCCGGCAUGCAGAACCUGACCGAGUUUAUCGGCAGCGAGCCCUCCAAAAAACGUAAGCGGAGGACCUCUUUCACCCCGCAUGCUCUGGAGAUCCUCAACAGCCACUUCGAGAAGAACACGCACCCCUCUGGACAGGAAAUGACCGAGAUAGCCGAGAAACUGAACUAUGACCGCGAGGUGGUCCGCGUCUGGUUCUGCAACAAGAGGCAAGCGUUGAAAAACACAAUAAAGCGGUUGAAACAGCCCGGUGACCUGGACCUGGACCUCGGCCCGACCGCGCCCAUGGACCCUCUCUCUGAUUCUCUGGAUGAGACCCCAAAAUGAACUACCAAAACUAGAGGUAAAGAGAAAAGUCCUAACAACAUGGUGGAUCAUGACCCAAAGUGGGAUGAAGACUGAAAGAACAUUCCACCCCUUUUAUAAAGUCAACUGAAAGGACAUUUAUGAAAGUUUGCAAACAAGAAUACGUGUUGUCAGUGUGAUUACCACAGUUAUUUAUUUAAAUGACCUUGCCGAAAUCCAAAAAUAAGAAAAAAUAUAUGUUAAUAUUUGAGAGAAAAUAAUUCAUGGAGUUCUAGUUCUGGCCUCAUAGACCAGAAUAUUGUCCAAAUUUGGGUUCCCAUUAGGGAGAUUUUAGUAAAGCGAUCAUGCCAAAAUCAAAGACAAAAACACUAACUACUUACCAAAGUCUGUUGCAUCGGAACACUAAGAAUAAUUUUUUAAGUGUAAAUGUGUUCUACAUUUUUACAUUUGUACUGGCAAGAAAAUCUAAGAUAUAUAUGUGAGUUUGGCUGUACAUUUUAUCUUUGUCUCGCUUCAUUUUAUCUCCUGGGUUUAUAUGUAAAUAUCUACGAAAUUGAAACCACAAUGUCAAAUUUGUCGUGUAAAUGCAUUUUUUGCUGUUCAACAAUGCCAUAUUGUUUGUCUCAGAUUCUUUCUCAUCUGCAACUAUUUUCAGUCACAGUGUAACUUUGUACAACUUUUACAAGUAUGUAUCGAUGAUUUUAUGAGAUUGUUUUUAUGUUUUGGAGGAAGGGUAAUAAACUGAAGUCUGUCUGAACAAUGAGGGGAUACUCAGUACCUAACCAUAUAGGUUCUGUCUCUGUGCACCAACUCUAUUGUGGAUAUGCCUAAAGCUAUUGUAUCUCAUUCUGUUGCCAAAGCCUGAUAGCCAAAGAACACAUUACUUCAGCUCAAGGACUUGUUUUUAGUUAUUUUUAUGUGCCUAAGUUCCCUUUCUCUGGUUCUUUUUACUGUAGAGUUUAUUUCAUACACUGAGCUCAACUAAGUUACACAAAGGCCAACAGAAUGCCAAGAAACAUUUUGAUUCCAAAAGAGAACUCUUUGUUUGUUGACAACCCUUUGAUAUUGCAAUAUAGAAAAUGGGUUUUACUGUGAGGACUUUUAUACCCAUCCCUUCCUGAAGUGUGUGUCUAGUUUGGUCUGUUUGCAGAAUUGCUCCUGCAUGUUUGAGAUGAACCUCAAAGUUGGACUUAUAGAAAUAUGGAAACAAGACAACAAAACACAAAAGGCAGCCCAAGCUUCAAAUCAAUAAAUAUAUGUAUAUUCUUCUGAGUACAUUGUCACCGAGAACAAAUUACACGUUAGUGGUUUUAGCAAUUAUUUUACAUUUUUGUACCCUUAAAGCAAAAUAUGCAUUACUUCCCUUCAGCAUUCAGUAACUCAUUAUAAUCUAAUCAAUCUGAAUGUUUUCUCAUCCCUGAAUCUUUGUUUUCAGGGGUCAAAUAUGUUUUAUGAAAUGUCAUGCUGCUGUUUUGUGUUUAUUUUCUUUUAGUGAUUCUAUAGUGAUGCCUUGACAGACAGUAUAGCCUAAUUCAAAAAGUAUAUUGGAAAAAGUUAGCCCUUUCACAAGACAUAAUCCAUAUUCAUUUCAACCAACAAAUCAUAAGGUGUUAUUGCUGUGUAGCUGUGGAUCUAAACAGGGUGUCAUCAUAACGUCUAGCUCACCUCCCAUAGGUGUACUUCAAUAUUACCAGGACCCACAUGGAGGAUUUAAGGAAUCCAUAUUGUUACACCACUGGAGUGUUAAUAACCUAUAGGCCUACUGCCACUGUGUUGAACUACUCUAAAGAAUAUUGCAAACUGGUACAUACAUGUAAAACCACUUCUCAGAACUAUUAAGGUUACACAUUGAUAUGAAAUGUUCUAAUUUGAUUCAUGUAAAACACUUAGUCCCACGUUGCACUGUUGCUUACCUAGCAGCAUAAAGUGCACUUGAUAACACUUACAAGCACAUAAGGAAAUAGAUAAUAGUUGAGGAUAGUAUACAGAAGGCUGAGGUUUGAGAGGCACUACAUAGGAGCCCCAUUACGUGUUCAUUUACCCUUUAUUAUUUACUGUAGGCCGACACUGAGCAAAGAUUAAAGUUUUUUUUUGUUGCAGGAAGUAGUUGUAAACAGUGUUAUAUUGUAAGACAGUAUUACUAAAUGGUGGUCAAUCAUAAUAUACUGUAAGUCAUAUGUGAUUUGAAUCAAUUAAAAAAUACUUUUAUGUGUUCCCUCUGUCUCUCAUCCCCUCUCAUCCCAACAUGUAAGAGAAGUGAUGAUGUGGUUGCUGUAUAUUAUGGGCAUGUAGUACUGAGGCUUAACAAUGAAGCUGUAACCAAAACCAAAAAGAACGGAGUUAAACCUUCACGCAACCUUUCGAUGCUGGACCAAAGCUCUAUAGUUAUAUGCACAUUGUACAGAGAAAUGGUUUAAUGUUGCUGACAAUCUUGAAAUACAAAGAGAAUCGAUGAGUAGAUAAGUAGUAGUUCUUUGAUAUUUGACCUCACCACUGUCCAACACAUUGUGAGCAAUGCCAUGCGUUAACCAUAAUAGAAAAAAGACAGAAAAAAUGACUCCUGUAUGUUUGAAUGUAGUGUUAACUUCUCAUGGGGGGAGGGUGUCUGAACAGAGAUUCUGUAUGACGCUCGUUUUACUUUUGCCAAGUGGUUUCCAGGUCAGAUGGACUUUCUAGACUUUGUUGUUACCUGCUCUGCUUUUUUUCUCUCUGUGGCUAUGUUACAUACACUUCUCAGUUUCAGUCUCCAAGACGUGCCCUAUUUUAUAGGGGGCAAAGAACGCUUUAUGAUCGUACCCAAUUAUGUAAAAAAGAUACAUGUUUUCAAAUUAUAUCCACACAGACUCAUACACCAACUGGUUUGAAAUAUUGUUAUAACUCAAGAAAGACCUUGAAACCAAAGCUGAUGAACCUGCAAAGGUUGCUUUUAAUUUUAUGGACUGGAAAUUGUACUUAAGCUAUAGAGCAAUAUCUGUUUCGUCAUUUAAGCUGUGCUUUGUGUAUUUCUAAAAAGCUUCAAGUCUGUCACAUUUAUUUGUACCAUAAUUAAUAAUAAACAA